AUGCCACGCAGCGCCCUUUUCGUGAUCGACAUCCAGCACGAGCUCCAGGGCAACCCCAAGACCCGCGUGCCUCACCACGAGCGCAUCCACACCGCGGGCACGAGGAUCCUCUCGGCAGCCCGGGUCAUCAUCGACUCGUACAGGGAGAAGAGCCAUGAGUCACCGUCCAUCAUCGUAUUCGUCCAGCAUGACGAGCCUGCCGAGGGCGGGGGCAUCCUGGUGAAAGGCUCGGAGGCAUGGCAAUUAGUCUUUCCGCCUCGCGAGGGUGUCGACGAGGAGAUCCUGCUUGCCAAAACUACGCGGGAUACAUUUGAGUCGAACCCGGAUCUGGCCGACAGGCUAAAGGCUUCAGAUAUUACUGAGAUCAUCACGUUUGGCCUGCAGAGCGAGUACUGUGUCGUGUCGACGUCCAAGGGGGCUCUUGACCGCGGCUUCAAGGUCACUAUCCUGCAGGGAGCCCACUCGACGUACGACGAGGCGCCGAAAUCUGCAACGGAUAUCGAGAGGGACAUCGAGGAUGAGUUGAGGCAGAAGGGUGCAGAGGUCAUUCCCUGGGAGGAUGCCAUAGCAACGUGGGAGCAGCGGCGAAUGAUCUCCAGCUACCCAAUCUUUUCCGAAUUGGCAUAAUUAUGACCAUGGAUCAAUCAAUCGAUCACUCUGAGAUGGAGAGCAACAAUGUGUAGUAGAUAUGCUUGGAUGCAUUGAGGACGAGCUAUUUACCCCCCCCCCCCCCGAACAAAACAGGUCUGGUGUCAAAAU